AUGUCAAUCAUAACUGCCUGGAAUUCUCAAAAAGACAGAAUUAACGAAAUAGGUAGCAAUCGUUUUGCUCAUGAUACUGGUCAAAGCCUGGAGCAUUUCUACUCCAUUGACAAACUUAGCAACUCCGCUUCGCCCACAGGAAAAACUGGUUGCCUGGGAAACAUUGCUAUCGGACUACAAAGUGUCUUAUGGGAUGCAUCGCCGUGUACCAGUGAACACAUUCCAGGAAAAUUGUCAAUCUGUUUAGGUAUGCCCGUCAUGGUCAGGAUCAAUGAUGCUACAGAACUCUGCAUCACAAAAGGACAAGAGGCUGUCGUCGUAGGAUGGAAUGAUUUCAUCAGAGACCAUGGAAAAAAGGUACUAGAAACACUGUUCGUGAAACUCGUAAAUCCCCCGAGAAAUGUAGAACUGCCAGGCCUUCCACUCAACGUCGUACCUAUGUCAAGAACGAGUUCUACAGUCAAAGCUCUACUGCCCAACGAUCAUAUGGUAACCCUCACUCGACAACAAGUUAUGGUCUUGCCCAAUUUUUCUAUGACUGAUUAUGCUGCUCAAGGUAAGACCCGACCUUUAAACAUUGUGGAGCUCAAUAAUUGCAAGACCACUCAAUCUUAUUACACCUGCCUGUCCAGAAGUGCAUCAGCUGAUGGCACUAUCAUUGUCCAAGGUUUUGACACUCGUAAAAUAACAAAAGGUAUAUCAGGUUUCCUCAGACAAGAAUUUAGAGAAUUGUUUUUACUCGAUGAGGUAACAACUAUGCGUUACCACGGGACGUUACCUGAAGGCAUCUUCGGAGACUUGAGAAAUCCAACCGUCCGCGCAUAUCAAUUGUGGAAAAGAAUCAAAAAAAAGGAGCAAUUGCCUUGCAUUGCCGCGUUGAGAUGGGGCCCUACAGAUCAAGAAAUAAAAGACAUACAAAAGGAUGGCACCUGGGACCUCAAAAUAAAUGCCCAGACCGCCAUUUCAAACUAUAUCCCUGAUCCAAGUAAAAUCAAACCUAAAACGAAUACAUCUUCAACUGAAAAAGCCAAAAAAAAAACCAAUACAACGACACAAUCCGAAAUGACAAUAACUAAUUAUUCGCCGGUAGGUCCUAUCUGGGAUGCCAUCUCAUAUAGUUGCACUUACGACGCACCCUUUGCGAUCCUGUAUAAUAUGUGGAAAGAAAACAAACGUGCACAUAUGAUCAAGUUGUCCUCACUCAGCGUUUAUAUGAAAACUGUGGUACAAGGUUUCGCAGCCUAUGAAAACAGCACAUGCAGCCUUGAAGUCACCAGAGAUAUCACGCGACAACUACUGUACAAGUAUGACAACGACUCAUAUCCAAAGGGCCAUGUUUUUACCGACAUCCAACAGCUUAUCAAGGAAAUUGUAGGUCAUCCUUCCAUGUUUACUUCGCCUGUUACUUGUCCUGAUUGCAAUUACAAAACUACUCAAAUGUUUGGUAACAUCAGGGAAUUUACGGCACUUGAAGGUUUAGAACUACAGCAAACCCAACACCGUUGUCUUUCUGAAGCACUUCAAAUCUGCUUGAACGGUUGGCGACGUUGCCCAAAAUGUUUCAGACGUUCCCAUGAAGUCAUGCUUCGCCUGCCUGAUAUUUUACCAUACGCACCCCACUUGUUAGUGGUACAGCUUCAUCAAGAAGAUCUGAUCAUCGACACCAAAUUCAAACUGUUUUGCGAUAAUAGGUCAUUAACAUUUACCUUGCAUGGUGUAAUUUACGCGGGUAAUUAUCAUUUCAACAGUCGCAUCAUCACUUCAGACGGGAAGAUAUGGUUCCAUGACGGCCAAAAUGGAGCGCGCGCAUUUCCAGUAUCACAUAUACAUUCACAGCCCUCUGACACAUGGUUAAAUACAUGCAAUGACAAACAUGCCUCUUUCGCAAUAUAUUCUCUGAUUGGUUGA